AUGGAGCCACUGUGUAUACUAGGCUACGCUCCUGUCUCCACCAAGAAGCGAGGGUUCUCCCAACAGGGACUUAACCUCGCAAGCUUUUGGGCCGUUCUCAGGUUAAUUUCACGUCGGAUGGAAGCUUUGAAUGAGGACUUUAUCCCGUGGGUGUCUGAAGAAGAACAAGACCGGAAGACGUUUGAAGGGUGUGGGGAGGUGUUGACACAUGAUAUGAAUACCUACUCGAUUCUCAAAUGA